CUGACACGAAUACUAGAUCUGUCAAAAUUAAAAUUUUCUGGAGUAUCCUCGUGGAAUACAAAUGUUAAAUAUUAUUAGCAGAUAGAUUUAACGAAAUCGUAGGUCAUAUUUGCAAUUGUUAAAACUGCUAUUUCUGUGAUGGAUUUAAACGAACAUGAGUUGGCCGAAUUGGAAGAACGGCUCUAUUCUAGUGUACAUCAUGUCAGCACAGAACCGUGCAAUACAGUGGAUGGAAGUUCGCUAUCCAACACUAAUGUAUCAGCCAACUCUCAAAAUCGUUUAGUUACUGAUAGAACAGUUUAUAAUAAUGGUCGCCGGGCUAAUUCAAAGCUGAAACGGUACUGGAGCUCGCUACAACAAACCCAAGGAAAGCUUUAUCCAGGAAUCCAGGGAAAUAAAAUCUAUCGUGAACCUUCCAUUACAAACCCCGUUAUCAACGACACAAAUUCUUCCGGGAUAAAGCAAACAUUUACACCUUAUCAAUCAAUAUUAGGCCCCACAACAAACGAUAUGCGAGAAAAUGAAUUCUCGUUUAUUGGACAGAAAAAAAGAAUAGCACAUAAUACAAAGAACGGCACAAGUGUGAGUGCCGAACGAAAAAGAAAAAUGGAACAAAUAUCAAAAAUAAGAGUAAAAAAAGCAAAAGCUCAAAAAAGUCGACAAAAAGCUAAUCCCGAGCGCCUGGUAGCUACAAUCGAAAUAGAAUCAUCCUCGGAAGAAGAUGGAGAAUAUCGUUCGCCAGAUCCUAUUAAACAAGAAAUAGAGGAACAAAAAAUAGAAUGUCAGGACUUGGAAGAUUCAGAUCCAGACGAAGUUGUCGUGAUUCCAUCUGCACCUCCUCCUCUUGUUUGUAUCGAGAGCAGUGACGAUGAAACUGACAAAAAAAAGUUCACUCAUCCAAACACAAGAACGAAAAAAAAUUCCAGAAUGAAAAAGGCCAUUUCUCCGCGUUGUUUGAGUCCUUCAAAUAGCUCUAUAAUGUCGGAUGAUUUUAUCGGACAAAAUGAGCGUGCCAGACUUAACGAUAGUUUUAUAGAAGGAAUCACGAAUGACGAGGAAUUGGAUUGUUCAGUGCAGCAUACAGUUGGAUCACUAUUGUCCGGAAAUCAUCAAGAUUUAUCUGAUCAUUCCCGUUUGAAUCGUGCCCCGUCCAUUUCUUCCGAAGGAACAGUUGCCACCAGUAGCGAUACUACGGACCCUGAAAAGCGGAGUGCAAUAAAAACAACUGUAUGUCAACCUCCAGUCUCUGGUCAGCGUGUAAUGUUACCUAAAUAUAGUUCAACGCCAAAACAAUUUCUACCCCUGAAAAAACAAUCCAUUUCUACUGCUAAUCAAUCAUCGGCAGAUACUGAUAGUAUUUACACUGCCACAUCGAACCGUAAAUCCAAAACAGAUACGGAAAAACUUGCCAGUAGUGAUUCGUCAGACGACAGCAACAGUGGAAAUGUUUCUGCACAUUCAAAGCGUUCCAAAUCCAACUAUUCGGAUAGCAGUUGCAAAAGUUUGAAAAAAUCGCGAAAGAAACGUCGUAAGCAAGAUACUGAACACUACUCCGACGAGGAUUUUGCUUUGAUGCUAACCGAUAUCGUACAGGCAAUGUCUGAGAGUGGAAACAAAAGUGAGAAUUCCGAAGACAAUCCCAAACUGCAGCUCGAAACGCCUAGUUUUGAUGUGACAUCAACGCAAUCGGCAGAAAGCUCAACCGUACUGAAUGCCAAGGGCACUAACAAAAUUUCUACAAAAAAUCAAGAAGCAGAUAUAAAUGUUUCUCGAAUAGAACAACAAACACACAUUUCAUCAGAUACAUCUGGAAAUUCCGCUGAAUCCAAAUGCAUUAGCAGUGCAUCAGGCCAAUCUGCCGAAGUUGCGCCAGUUAUCAAUUUAACCGAAUCAUACGAAACCGAUGUUAAUUAUGAAGAAAGUCUAGGUGUUGGGACAGAUGAUCCGGAAUGUUGCUGGAAUGAUGAAAUGAAACAAUUUUAUCAUAGUUCUUGGAAUUGCGAAGAGUUUAACGUCUCAACGGUUAUGUUUAACAUGCCACGUUCCGGUAAAAGCUGGCCAAUUGUGCAUCUGGAUAAAUAUCCAGAUCCUCCACGGAAAGAAAUAAUUUGCAACAAUUGCGGGGAACGAGGUCACAUGCGCUACAAAUGCCGUAAUCGUCCUAAGCCGGGAAUCUGCUAUAUGUGUGGACAAACGGGGCACCAGGAGCCUCGCUGUCCCAACACUUUGUGCCUUAAGUGUGGAGAAAAGACGAGAAAUUUUGUUCGAGGAUGUCAGUCAUGCGCUCGAGAGCAAAACAUGUCCUGCCAUAUGUGUGGAGUCCGGGGUCAUAGCCAACGCAACUGUCCGGACAAGUGGCGACGAUAUCAUUCAACGAUCGAGGAUAAUGUACCGCUAUCGAAAUCCUUCAUUCGCAAUCCAAAUGCGAAACAUUGCUGCAUUUGCUCACGUCCAGGUCAUCAAGCACACAUGUGCAACUCUGCAUUACGUAUCUUUGGUCAAGUAGUUCCGACCACGGAAGUGAAAAGCUAUCAGCCAAUGUACAACAUCAAUGAAUGGCGUCACCAGCGGAAUCAAAACACGGGGCAAAAGUUCAACAUGUUUAGCGAUUUGACGGAUUACCAUUUACACUUUGACAGUGCCUUUGCAAUGAAUGAAAAAAGUUUUUAUAACCGGUUCGCAAAGUCUGUUGGACUGUUUGAGAAAAAAAAGCGGAGAGAGGAAGAGAUGGCUCGACAAAUUCGCAGGAAAGCAAAGAAAAUACUUCAACGGGCAGAAAAAAGAAAUCUUGCUGAACCAGUGCCUUCAAAACAAACAGCUUCAAAAGGCGAAGAAUCUAAAUAUGCUACUCCAAUUGAGCUCCAAAUAAGUCCUUCGCUUGAAGAGGGUAAAAAAGCCAUAAUUCAAGAAGAUUCAAACUAUAGUUUUUCGGAAUUUUUCGAAGACCCUUCUGUGACCCAAACUAUGCAAACAGUAGAGUCUUCGGCAGAUUUCAUUCCACUAACGUCUAGUACUGUUGCACCAUCCGAACCUUUGAUAACUGAAAUUGUACCCAUGAAAUCAGAGGCAAAAAUUUUUCUUGCUAAACCACAUGCAAAAUUACUACUGGGGCCAAAUGGAGCCGCCUUCCUUAAAAAUGCAUCGGACAAGUUUGCGCUUCAAUUGAGUGUUCUCUUUCAAUCAGUUGGAAAUGUUCUUACGAUUAAUGGUUUAUCGAAAGAUCAAGACAAUUUCCAUAAUGAGUUAAUAAAAUUUCUUAAUGACGUUUCCCACCAAAAUGAACAAAUUAUGUGCAUUAACAAUGUUCCUAAACUCACCGAUAAAACAAUUUCGUACAUCGUAGAACAUUUGCGGUUACUUACGCGAUCAUAUGAAAAUGUUAAAAAUAUGUUUCGACGCUAUCAGCAUUUCGAGCAACAAGGUGGGAACGGCAAAACCGCUGAUAAAAUUCGUCGAAAUCUCAAUAUAAUUCUCUUUGGACAAUUUGGUUUACGAGAAGGAAGAGAUCACCUUAAUAAGCUUCAGGUUAAUCUCAGAGCAUUGCGAAGCAGCAAAGAUAUCAACGUGUCUAUGGAUUUUCGAAAUGAAAUCAAUCAACACAUUCGCUACAUUUUCACAGCCUACGAUCAUGCGGAUUAUGGUGAUAUCCUUAACGAGUUUGAAGACCUGAGGAAAAGUCAAAAACUAAACAAAAUAAAGGCCGAAGACUUAGAUUUAUUGCCUCCGUCAUCGACUAAAAACGUUUCAUGUACACACAGAGGCAAUAGCGACGAUUCGUUCAACUUAUCAAAAGGACUCAACUUCGAGGAUCACGCAAGCUUCGAACAAUCACACAAUGAAGAUCUUAUCCUAAACACAUCUGAUCAACUUAUAGCUCUACCUGAUCAACGCGCUCUAUCGAACGAACCCGAACUUUCAGCAGUAAGUAUCGAAUCAGCAGCAAUCGCAACAAUUCGACAGCAACACGCUAUGCCAAAAAAUGCUAAGUUUUCCAUCAAAAAACAAAAGGUUGAGUCACUGCUAAGUGAAUGUAGGUUGAUGGUAAAACAGCUUGAUUGUCCUUCGAUCAAGCAAAAAUUCGAGGCAAUCUGCUGUCAAGCUCGCGAAGGUCACAUGUCAAAAGCCAAUUUCCGUACGUUGAUAAAAAUUCGCUCAAUACUCAAAAGUAAGCUGCAGUUUCAGAGGAAAAACACAAACGAUUAGUUUUGUUGUCGUAUAAAUAUCAAUUAAAAUCAGGUAUUUUAGCUGAUUUUUAUUUAUAAGCUACUGUAAUAGGAUGCAAUAGAAAAGAUAAAUAGGAAGCAAGUUA